AAAAAAAAAAAAAAAAAAAAAAACAGAUUUUGGGGCGAACAACGUAAGACAAACCCAAGACAAUUACCAUCUCCAACCCCAAAAUCUGUCACUCAGUUUCGCCUCCGCAGUUUACAGUACAUCCAACCAAACACUUAAUCCACCGUCUUUCUGUCUCUGUAUAUUCUCCAUGGAAGCCCUCGCAAGCUCUGCCUUCGUUCCGGAGGUACACCCAGUUCUGAACAACCCCACUUCAAUCAGAACGCCGAACAAUCGAAGUGGGUUUGUGAAAGUCAGUCAAAGUUCUCGUUUUUCUGGGCUUCGCGUUCGAGCUCUGUCCGGGGAGGCCUCUGGGUCCGGCGAAAGUGAAGAGCUGAGGCCUCCGAAUAAUGGGUUCGGCUUGCUUUCCGAAGACACUCUCUCUUUCUCUCAGGACUUUUAAACUUUUGUGAUCGAAGAAAAAGUGAAGAAUUUGACAUGUAUUGGAACCGACAUAUUGGUUUUGCUGAAAAAUCAACAAUCUUUAUCAAGAAAGGAAUCUGGCAACUAUCACAGAUAGCUAAAAUUGGCGAUUUAAAUCACUUCGAUAGUAGUGAGAAGAAUGUGGAUGAGGCAUUAAUGGUAGAUAUGUCUCUUACAUCCCCUUCUGCUAGUGGAGCAGGAGGUGGAACAAGAGCUGGGCUCUUUAGAACUCCAAUUUCUGGCGGGGUGCAGAGUGCAACUUCAGCUCAUGGUUUACCCCGUCCCGCCUUAGCUGUACGCAAUCUUAUGGAGCAGGCCAGAUUUGCUCAUUUGUGCACCGUAAUGUCUUGCAUGCACCACAGGCGACAAGGAUAUCCAUUUGGUUCUCUAGUUGAUUUUGCACCUGAUUCAUCAGGGCAUCCUAUAUUUUCGUUUUCACCGUUGGCCAUCCAUACUCGGAAUUUGUUAGCUGAUCCAAGAUGCACACUUGUUGUGCAGAUUCCUGGAUGGAGCGGCUUGUCAAAUGCAAGGGUAACCAUUUUUGGUGAUGUCUACCCACUUCCAGAGCAUGAACAGGAAUGGGCUCAUAAGCAAUACAUAGCAAAGCAUCAACAGGGGCCUUCUCAACAAUGGGGAAACUUCUACUACUUCAGGAUGCAGAACAUAAGCGACAUAUAUUUCAUUGGUGGCUUUGGCACUGUUGCUUGGGUCGACGUCAAAGAAUACGAGGCCCUGCAGCCUGAUAGGAUUGCAGUUAAUGGAGGGGAGCAGAACCUGAAGGAACUCAAUGCAAUGUUUUCGAAGCCCCUAAAAGAGCUUUUAUCCGCCGAGUCUGAGGUGGAUGAUGCCGCUCUCAUAUCCAUAGACAGCAAGGGAACUGAUAUUCGGGUCCGCCAAGGUGCACAGUUCAACGUACAGAGGAUAUCAUUUGACGAAGGCCAUUCUGUCGAGACACUGGAGGAAGCAAAGGUUGCUCUCCGAAAAGUGAUAAACAAAGGCCGAGUAUUCAAGUUAUAGAAGUGAUGACAGGGAUUCGCUCGUGAUGCAUUUCCUUACAAGUGAAUGGACUGAUCGGAGUGGAUGGACUGUAAAACAAGUCGCUGUUGUUUCGAACUGGGAUAAAAAUAACCGUACCGUGUUUUGUCAAGUUACAUAUAAUUCUGUUAACCUAUAGGAAAUGUAAUAGCUCCAUUAUUUAGUUUGGAAUUGCACGCAAGGUGUGUCUUGUUCUUAGACGUCUGGUGGCCCAUUGUGCUACCGACACCCUUCAUCUUAGACACACAGAACUCUGCCUCCUCUUAUUACUCUCAUCAUGUGCUUCAAUAAUUUACUGGUCUUGAUAAUAUUAAUGAAUCUGUCGAGUCUA